CCGCGCGCCACGCGAGACCACGUGGUAUCGUUCGGCAAAGUCAAGAGAGAUUGCGGAAUAAACAGCGAGAUCUCCUCUGACAGACGACAUUGAACCCGUGAACCGUGUGGUCUCAUUGGGAUAAGAAGAUGAACAGUGUCGGCGAGGGCUGCACGGAGCUCAAGCGCGAGUAUGAUCAGUGUUUUAACCGCUGGUUUGCCGAGAAAUUCCUAAAAGGAGACCGCAGCGCAGAUCCAUGCAGCGAACUAUUCCACAAAUACCACACGUGUGUUCAGAAAGCCAUCAAGGAGAAGGACAUCCCUAUAGAAGGUGUGGAGUUCAUGGGCCCAAACAGAGAGAAACCAGACAGCUGAUGGCCUGAUGUUCACAUGAACGCGUUUUAUUCUUUGCUUUACAUGAACGAGGACAGAUUGUGUUGCAUCAGACACAAAGACUGCAUCGCUGACUCUGAUGGACACAUAUUUUUGAGACUGUACAUUGCUUGUUAAAUUAUUGAAUAGGGAUUAUUUGA